AUGGCCACCAAGUGCGGGAGCUGUGGACCCGGCUACCCCUCUCCCCUAGAGGCCAUGAAAGGGCCCCGGGAGGAGAUAGUCUACCUGCCCUGCAUUUACCGAAACACUGGCAUUGAGGCCCCGGAUUACCUGGCCACGGUGGACAUUGACCCCAAGUCUCCCCAGUAUUGCCAGGUCAUCCACCGGCUGCCCAUGCCCCACCUGAAGGAUGAGCUGCACCACUCGGGCUGGAACACCUGCAGCAGCUGCUACGGGGACCGCAGCAAGGCCCGCAGCAAGCUGGUGCUGCCCAGCCUCAUCUCCUCCCGCGUCUACGUGGUGGAUGUGGGCACCGAGCCCCGCGCCCCGAGGCUGCACAAGGUCAUUGAGCCCGAGGACAUCCACGCCAAGUGUGGCCUGGGCUACCUUCACACCAGCCACUGCCUGGCCAGCGGGGAGGUGAUGAUCAGCGCCCUGGGAGACCCCAAGGGCAAUGGCAAAGGGGGGUUCGUGCUGCUGGACGGAGAGACCUUCGAGGUGAAGGGGACGUGGGAGAAGCCAGGGGGCGCUGCGCCUCUGGGGUAUGACUUCUGGUACCAGCCUCGGCACAACGUCAUGAUCAGCUCCGAGUGGACAGCUCCCAAUGUUCUAAGAGACGGCUUCAACCCCGCGGAUGUGAAGGCUGGACUGUACGGGAGCCACCUGUACGUGUGGGACUGGCAGCGCCACGAGAUCGUGCAGACCCUGACCCUGCAGGACGGGCUCAUCCCCCUGGAGACCCGCUUCCUGCACAACCCCGCCGCUGCCCAGGGUUUCGUGGGCUGCGCCCUCAGCUCCAGCAUCCAGCGCUUCUUCAAGAACGAGGGAGGCACCUGGUCGGCAGAGAAGGUGAUCCAGGUGCCGCCCAAGAAAGUGAAGGGCUGGAUGCUGCCUGAGAUGCCAGGCCUGAUCACUGACAUCCUGCUGUCCCUGGACGACCGCUUCCUCUACUUCAGCAACUGGCUGCAUGGGGACCUGCGUCAGUACGACGUCUCUGACCCCCAGCGGCCCCGGCUCACCGGACAGCUCUUCCUGGGGGGCAGCAUCGUGAAGGGGGGCCCCGUGCAAGUGCUGGAGGACCAGGAGCUGAAAGGCCAGCCAGAGCCCCUGGUGGUCAAGGGGAAACGGGUGGCUGGAGGCCCUCAGAUGAUCCAGCUCAGCCUAGACGGGAAGCGCCUCUAUGUCACCACGUCGCUGUACAGUGCCUGGGACAAGCAGUUUUACCCUGAUCUCAUCAGGGAAGGCUCCGUGAUGCUGCAGGUUGAUGUGGACACAGUAAAGGGAGGGCUGAAGUUGAACCCCGACUUCCUGGUGGACUUCGGGAAGGAGCCCCUCGGCCCGGCCCUGGCCCAUGAGCUGCGUUACCCCGGGGGUGACUGCAGCUCUGACAUCUGGCUCUGA